ACCACGGGGUCUGCCAUGGCCAUGGAUCUGGCUACUCCGGACCCCACACGGCCAGGCACAGCCAGACAUUUAGCCACAGCGGCCAAUAGACCUGGUUUGGCUGUCAACUUGGCUACACCAAACACCUCCAGACUGGACAUGGGCACGGAGUUCCCUGAUCUGGAUCCCAAACUGGGCACUGCCACGGACUUGGCUUCGGCAGGCACGACCAAGCCAGGCAUGGUCAUGGACUUGGUAACCUCAGACCCAGAAAAGGUGAGCAAAGCCAUACCUACAGCAGGCACAGCCAAGCCAGACACAACCACAGGGGGGCCAGCCAUGGACCUGGCAGUACCAGACCCAGUCAAGCUGGGCACAGCCAGGCCAGACAGAGCCAUGGUGCUCAGCAGGGCCAAUACAGCCAAUCUGGACAUAACUACCAAUUCUCUUGCUAUGCAUACAACAAGCAGGCUGGGCAGAGCCAUGGGUUCAGUUGUGCCAGUCACCCCAGACCCAGCCACUGGGGAGAUCGCGCUGGACUGUGUCAUUAACCUGACUACAUCAGAUAUUGCUAUCUACCCAUCAAUGCUAAGCAGAAGCCCAGAUCCAGCCCUGGACCAUGUGACAGCCGAUGCUGCCACAGACCUGGCCACAGAGAUCACCAUGCUGGACCUGGCCAGAGAAAGCAGAGGGCUCCCGGAGGCCAGGACGGACACAGCCAUGUCAGAGCUGGUGCCGGAGCCCAGGCCGAAGCCGGCCGUGCCCAUGAAGCCCGUGAGCAUCAACUCCAGCCUGCUGGGCUACAUUGGCAUCGACACCAUCAUCGAGCAGAUGCGUAAGAAGACCAUGAAGACCGGCUUCGACUUCAACAUCAUGGUCGUCGGUCAGAGUGGACUGGGCAAGUCGACACUGGUCAACACCCUCUUCAAAUCCCAAGUGAGCCGCAAGGCCUCCAGCUGGAACCGGGAGGAGAAGAUCCCCAAGACGGUGGAGAUCAAAGCUAUUGGGCAUGUAAUAGAAGAAGGCGGCGUGAAGAUGAAGCUGACUGUCAUCGACACCCCGGGCUUCGGAGACCAGAUCAACAAUGAAAACUGCUGGGAGCCCAUUGAGAAAUACAUCAACGAGCAGUAUGAGAAGUUCCUGAAGGAGGAGGUGAACAUCGCCAGGAAGAAACGCAUCCCUGACACUCGUGUCCACUGCUGCCUCUACUUCAUCUCCCCGACUGGACACUCCUUGCGACCUCUCGAUCUGGAGUUCAUGAAACACCUCAGCAAAGUCGUGAACAUCAUUCCUGUCAUCGCUAAGGCUGACACCAUGACCCUGGAGGAGAAGUCUGAAUUCAAGCAAAGGGUCCGAAAGGAGCUUGAAGUAAAUGGCAUUGAAUUCUACCCCCAGAAGGAAUUUGAUGAGGAUUUGGAGGACAAGACAGAAAAUGACAAAAUACGGCAGGAGAGCAUGCCUUUCGCUGUGGUGGGAAGCGACAAGGAAUACCAAGUGAAUGGCAAGCGGGUCCUCGGCCGAAAAACUCCCUGGGGGAUCAUUGAAGUGGAAAACCUCAACCACUGUGAGUUUGCCCUGCUUCGAGACUUUGUCAUCAGGACCCACCUCCAGGACCUCAAGGAAGUGACACACAACAUCCACUAUGAGACCUACAGGGCCAAGCGGCUCAAUGACAAUGGCGGCCUCCCUCCGGCCUGUCUGAUAUUUGUGGAGCAUCUUGUCUACAGUGUGCACGUGCACACGUGUGUGUGUGUGUGUGUGUGUGUGUACAUGUGAGAGAAUGCGCGUGUGUGUGUGUGCGCGUGCGCGUGCGUGCGUGCAUGCGCGUGUCUGUGCAGGGCUGAGGUAUUUUCACUGCCCUCCCUGCAAAGUCCCUUGUAAGUUUGGCUCCUCCAUGGCUGUCCAUUAUCUGUCUCCUUUCCUUGUGUCCCAGAACACAGCCGAGUGCCUCACUCACAAGGUCUGGGGGAGGUUUCAUUUAAAAAUGAUGGGAGCAGGUGAGCCACAGGUAACUCUUUCUUAUCUCUGAACCCACCUGCAAACACAGUGACUUGCCAGAUUCUCCAAGGACAGUCUGUGGAGCUAGGCCCCGGGCGGGGGCGGGGAGUGGAGUACUUCACCCUCCCUGGAAGCCCAGGGUGGUCUGGGAUAAGGCUAGAACUUUCAGGGAAAAGAAAGGUCAGGGGGGAGCAGAGAAGCUGGGCUCCCCUAGAAAGAAUUAGUGCCUAGAAGUGGAGAGGAGAGCGCCACACUUCUGUCCGUGUCACUGUCUGAAAGCUACCACCUGUCACCAUCGCAGGCUGCUGUUUUCCGUGCUCCCCCGCCUUGUCCCUACGUUCUCUCUCCUCCCCCUUUUCCCUCCUUCCUUCAUCCUGCUCCCUCUGACUUCUUUCACUUCUAUUUAGCCUAACCCACAUCAGCUUCGUUUCUGUGUUUAGGACUGAUGCCUGGUCUACUUCCAGAAAUGACUUUAGGCCACUUAAAAUCACAGCUAAAAUCACGGGACAGUACAAACGGAGAUUACAAGAGGAAUGGGAUCUAUAGAGAGGCAUGGGAAAGAAAGCUGCUGCAGUGAGCCCUGAAACUGGCCCAGGGCUUGUGGGUGGCCCAGCCAAGGAGGAGAUACAGCAAGUUAUGCAGGUCCCAGGGUCUGGUUAAAGACGCACAUGUGCGGGUCAAGUGAGGCCGCCUCUUUUUAGGCAUUAAGUUCUAGAAGAACUGAGUCUAAAGAAGUAUCAAGACCAAUAAUACACUGUAUUUGUCUUGGUAGUUUGGCUUCAAAGACAGUUUUAAACCACACCUCCCUUCUAUUAGGAUUCUUCCUUCUUAAAACGGGCUUCUCUCUUUCUCCCUUCUUUUUGUAUAUGCUUGACCCCUCUUCUACUUUCCCUUUCUCUCUGGAGUUGAAGCCAAUUGCAUUUUUGUCUGUCUUCCUUUGCUUUUCUCCAGCUCCCCCUCCUGACGCCCGGAGACAUUCCCAGUGAUACCCACAGUCAUACAUGGAGCCUUUUCUUGCCUUUCCUGUCCGCCCUCUAUUUAUUAAUGCAUAUAUUUCCCCUGUCCUUUUAGAGACAACUUAGUCUUUCUCCUUUGGUCUGUUAGGUGGCUGACAUUUGGGGCUGGGGUAACAAUGUAGCCUUAGGCAAGGGGAAACAAGUGAUACAGUUUACCAUAACUUCUUACAACGUCCUGUUCCAUCUCCUCGUCCAACCCUAGGUGUUUUACCGGUCCUCUGCAAAUUCCAGCAUUUAUAGUCCCUUAUCACUCAGGUGCUAGGAAAACACAUAGACUUAAGGAAGGCCAAGAAGAUUCAGUGGACCAGGAGAGAAAGAGGUGGGGGAUCAGAUUGCCAGUGGCUCGCAAUUUAUGGUCGCACUUUCCUGAAAGCUCCUUACCCAUCCCACCCACAUCUUGCAUCGCCCCCAAAGUCACUCCAGGGUAGGCACCUGUCAGGACAGAACAGCAGCAGGGUUAGAGCCCAGAGGUUGACUGCUGCAUUUCAACAGAAGAGGGAUCCCGGCUUAUAUGGAGAUGGAGGCCUAGGGGGGAAGGUCUAGGGGUGGGGGUGGGGGCGUCGGAGAGGCUGAGUAGGAGAAUGUUGCUUGGCACCCCUCAACCAUAUCUCAGCCUCCCUGGAGAAGCCGUUCUGUGUGUCUGCUGCCAGCUGCUGGUCUCCACACCCUCAACCGUUCUCAACCCCUCCUCCCCCCGCAGGGAGAAGGCCUCCUGGGCACUGUCCUUCCACCUGUACCAGCCAUCCCCUGCCCCACUGCUGAAUGAAGGCCAUUCCAAGCGCCGCUCCUCCCUCCAUUCCUCUCAGCGUAUUGCUGCAGGGCCACGCCCCUUUUAGUGCUGUGCGGGCCCCGCCCACCACCACGGCCCCUCCCAGCCCUCUGCAGGUGGGAGGGGCCAGCUGCCUCUUUAGGACAGUUGCUUCCUCCAUUGAUCCGAACCACCCUCCCCUCCCAGUGGAAUGGAGCUCUAGAGAGCGCGAGCACUGCCCUCCUCCAUCGUCUGUGUCAGCCGGCCCUAGCCCAUCUCUAGGGCAAAAGAACUCGCCAAGAGCUUCUUCUGCCCUUGCAGACCCAUACCAGCUACUUGUAACCAACCAUCUUCAAGGGAAAUGGCCUUGCUCCCUGUCCAUUCAUCUGCAUGAGCUACUCUUGGCUCCCUUAGAGGGUCAAGAAAGCAACUUUUCUGCUUGUCAGAUUUGUUGACGUCAGCUGUGUGAGCCCCAGUGUGGGACUAGGGUGUCUCCUUCAUUGCUUAAAUCUUAUUUAUAAAGAUAGGUCAUUAGAGAUGUGGGGGAGCAAGGGCUAGGAUUCCCCCCCCCCCCAUUUUUUAAAUCACUCCUUGUGGCUGGUCCCAGAGUACAGUCGCACACCCUCCCUACCCCAUGACAAUGCAGCCACUUGGGAAGAGUGGUUUUCCUAAAGAGACAUUUCUGGAGUUGACUUCCUUAUCCUAAAACUUUAAAUAAGAACUAAACACACACCAAAAAAACCCUCCAGAAACUCAUAAGAUGUGAACUCUAGGAAGAAAAAAAGCACCCUUCUGACCACUUAGCAAUAAGAGGGAUCCAUUCCCACCUCCCCUGACUACUCCUACCACCCUGUCCCCACCCCGUCAAUGUGAGUAACAAACUACCCUGGCUACAGUCAGUCACUGUAGGCUAGUGGACAAUCCCUAGUGGAGGGUAGAGCCCCCUCAUCAGGUGCAUGAAUGUUUGCGAGUGUCGGCUGCCACUGCCCCACACAUUACGUCUUUAUGGAACAUCCCCUGCCCACCACCCCAGUAUUUCUACUUGGACACACCUAACUCAAAGGUUGGUGACUUGUGGGCCAUUCAUCUACAACCAAGCCCUGAUGGAACAAGAGACCCAAGCCUAGGGGAUGCAAGAACGACCCACUUCUUAAAUGUUACCAGUCCCAGCCAACAUUUUGGUGACAUUAUGGUUAAUUUUCCCAACUGAAAAUAAGCCAACACUCAAACUGGUUGUGUAAAUGUUGCUAGACUUUAUGUGUUGUACAACUAAACAUUGCUCUUUGAACAGUAA